CGUCGCGUAGGCCUUGGAAUCCGACCGGCCGAUCAGUUAACUGUUGCACGGCCUGUGGAAAUGCUUCUCGGGAAAGUGACGGAGCUACGGGCUUUUCCGAUUCUCGCGUAUCCGCUCGUGAACUGACGCGGAGUUCUUCAAUUUUCAUUUGUGGUUCUCGGGGUGGAACUCUCUUGUGGAAUAAAUCAGAAGUUUUGGGUUGGAAGGAAAUGUAAGGGAAAGGGAGGGGAAUGAUUGUAAAGUUUCCAGAGAUUUGAAUGGAUUUCCGAGCUUCUUGAAAGGAAUGGCAGGAGUGGCCCCAAAAUUGCUUGUAUGAAUCUGUUUGGUUUGUGUGAUUAACCCUCAUAAUCUUCGUGGAUAGCGGAGGCCGGAAUGUGCAGUAUUCUGAUAAUAUGACGUGAAAUGUUCACCUCGUAUACCGAAUAGAACAUCUGUGAGUGCUUAGGUUGGUAGUUCCAGAGGAAUGCUUUUUAUCGAAAAUGCAGGAUCUAGAGGAAAGGAAUAUCUUUGAUCAUGUGGAUAGUAUACCAAGGACGAGUAGAAAGAAAUCAUUGAGGGAACUGGGCCUCAAGCGAAUUUGGUCUGCCGUGCGGUCUUCCAAUAGCAGCUCGAGCUCGACCUGCGAUCACGAUGCCGCCGCCGAAACCCCCUUGGAGGGUGUGAAGGCCGCCCCCAACUGCUCGCUUCCGCUCCUACAGGUAUGGCCCAGCAGCGAUUCACCCCGAGGAGAGGCAGACGGCCAGAGUUUCGUGUUUCCGGCCUGUGCUGAGGAUGCAACCUCUCCCACCUCGCACUGUGGUGACAUAAAUCACCACAACGAUUCCGGAAUUGAAUCGAUACAGGCAUCUCCUCUACCAGCUUGUUCAUCUACCACGCCAUCACAUUCACCCACCCCUAGCAUAAGAAGGCCAAGUACUGCUCUCCUACAUCCUGACCACGCUCGAUUUCUACGACUUCAUCCACUGACUUCGCCCGAGCAGACUUCGGUAGAAGAUAUAACGGAUUGUCAUAACCACCUGUCACCAUCUUCCUCGACUACUUCUUCCCUGAAUUCUGUAGCAGCAGCAGCCAACACUGCGUCAGUCCAGAUGAGUGGUGCUAGGCAUAGUGAUCCCUUGGACUUUGGAAGGAGGAGAUCCUCAACUAUGACAACCAGAUACUCCCUCUUCGAUGCUCUGGACCUAGAAUACGCCCUUCUCAGAGCGGCAGCCAGAGGCAGUGUCGGACCCUAUUCCCUGAGUGAAAGCCUCCACAAACUAACGUUCACCCAAAGCCUAGCUUUUCCGGCCCUCGCUCGAGGUUUGGCUGGAAAAAGAAGACGUUCCUACCAGAGCAGCAAUACAAGACCUCUGAACUCAGCAGAAGGAGGUCUGAACGCUUUCGCGAAAGUUGUGACCGCUCUGGUUCUCGUACUCGUUAGUGUUUUAGUGUUCGCGGUUGUGUAUAAGUUUGUGAGAACAUGAGGGUUGCUUCUUGCCCCAGGAGGGGCAAGGAAUCCGCGAUUUACCCUGAGGAACUCCACAAGCAAACCUUUCACGGUCGGAAAUCAUGGCUAGCGGAGAACAGAGAUGCAGGGAAAACUACAGCACACUUAAUUUUGCUCAUAAGAACUGCUUUCAUUCGGUGUGCGAGUAAAACGUUAUAAAAAAAGUUAAUUGAUCUGUAUGGAGGAUUGUCUCUCUUAGAAGAAUGAUUAUUGGAGUAAAGAUAAGAAUUAUUCUUCUUUGGUUACUCGUAUCGAGUAUAAUGGCGAGGUAACUACACUAGAUCGACAUGGUAAUGUGAACGAAAAGAAGUAAAGUUCAACUUUGCAUCCAGUUCAACCGUGUGGAAGUCAGACAAGUCUGUCUUCGUUCAGACACAAAGUUCACAGGCGGUAUUUGCCUUUGGCCUGCUCUAAAAGACUAAAGUCUAUUGAUUGUGUUAGAUUUGUACAGGCUUAGUUACAUUGCAGUUUACGUUGUGUUUGCCUGUACUUGGAUUUAUAUCAGGGUUGUCUGUGUUAUCUAGGUCUACUACGUAGACUUUCUUCCUCUCCUAUUCGGUCGAACGCUAGGAGACUAGGAAAUAAGUUUGUCUAUCUCGCCAUUUCACCAGAUACGUCUAAUCGAGUCUUCUCCAACUUCUGCAGGAACUAUGGAAGACGAUCCGAACGAAAAUCACAGAAGGGAAAUCACACAAUAUCAGUGAUUAUUAGUACAUAUCAUUGCAAUGUAAUAUACUGAAACACAAUUGUCACACAAAUGUCGAUGAGUGACUCAUUUACUCUGAAUAAUUCCUGAAACAUCCGAGUUAUCGAUAUUGAUGUUUUCUAAACUUUU